AAUGGCUCGGGCUUCUUUAAGCGACAUAACAAAUGUACUCAACAGACCUUCUGAUUCAACACAAGGUCUAAAAAUUUUGCGUGUUCUCGACAAUCAGUCUACACCAUCAAACUGCAAUCAAAGUAAGAAUAACUGAUUUUUAAUUUCUCGGCUCCGGCUAAAAUCAUAAACUAAAUCUUCUUCUGUUUUAAUCUAACUGAAGGUCAGAACUCUUUAGCUUCUCCAAGUGCCAUUAAUAAUUGUAAGUCAAACCUUCAAGAGCAAUCAAAUAAGCGUGCCAGAGAGUGGUAUGCAAAUAUGAGCGUCGAAAAGAAAGAAGAAUAUCUGAAAAAACGGCGUGACUACUAUCAUAAACGAAAGGCUAAUAUGGAAGCCUGUGUUGCUGCUGAAGGGUUGCAUUUAGAUUCUUCCAAAGCCAACCCUCGGGUUAUAAACAUGUCAACCCAAUUGGCACAGCCUUCUAAUCAAGUGUCCGAAAUAACCGAUUCCCGAUUGGUUCAGACUCCUAUGUAUAUGUCUCAACAAUGCACUAACCAAAUAUUUCAGACUCCUACUAUUAACGUGUCUCAAAUGUGCAGUAACCAAUUGGAUCAGGUUCCUAUGGAUGUGUCACAACUAACCAGUAACCAUAUGCUCUAGACUCCAAUGAAUGUUUCAGAAAUAGGCAAUGACCAUAUAUUUCAGGAUCCUAUGGAUGAUUCUCAAAAGGGCAGUAACCAUAUGUUUCGGUCUCCGAUGUAUGGACGAAAUUUGCUUUCAAGUUUCAUCGAUGUUAUUGGCAAUACUGGCCAACAUUGUCCUGAAACAGCAGAAACAACAGAUUCUACGCACAUGAAAGUUAGGGAGGCGGAAAAUAAACGUCAAAGGGCUCGAUACUGCUCUAUGAGUCCUGAACAAGUGGAGGCUCUCCGUCAAUAUAAGAGAAGUUACUACCUAAAAAGGAAAGUUGUGGCUGCUGGCAGUCUUCAGAAAUGUGGUUCACUAAUUGAUGCUGGCGAUGUAGGCUCAACUCCAACACAGUUGUUCAAUGAAGGAGACUGUACCAAUCAAAGCAACGCAACAUGUAGUAACAACAAUGAUGAUCAAGAUAUCCAGACUGACACAUUGGUCGCAGAUCCAGGUUUAUUUGAACCGUCUAAUAGCCAUCGUUGCAUGCCUGAAUGCUUGGAGACAGAAGAAAAUAACCAAACUCCACCAGAUGGUGAUCUUGACAAAGAAGCAAGGAUAUUCAGCGGACAUCGUGUUGACUAUCAAUCGUAUCGACAAGAACCACGCAGUAACUACGAAGCACAAGUAAAUCCUAUUGCUGAUAGCAUCAUAUAUAAAAAUCUACCAAAGAAACACCAUGUUCUAAAAAAGGUUAAAGACUGCAACCAGUGUGGAGCUAUUACGUUCCAAUUUGAGGGACCUGCAUUUUGCUGUAGAAAAGGAAGAGUCCACGUGUUUAUUCCGGAUGUUCCUGAUGAAUUAAAAAGAUUGUGGACAAGUCAGGAAGAUGACGAUGCUAAAUAUUUUAGACAGAAUAUCAGAUAUUUCAACUCGUACUUCUCAUUCACGAGUCUUGGAGUUACACUAGAUCACCGAGUUAGCACUGCAGCAGGAACCGACAACUAUACAUUUCGGGCACAUGGAAUUAUGUACUACAAAAUGGAUGAUCUGUUACCUGGAAAUAAUGGGCCACAUCAUUUGCAGCUUUACAUUUAUGAUAGCGAUGAAUCAUUAUCUCAUAGAGUCCAGAGGUCACCUGAUCUUAAUCUAGAUCUCGUUCUGAAAAUAAUGAAAAUACUCGAGCACAAUCCAUAUGUGCAGACUUUCAAGACUGUCGGGUCAUAUUCAAAUCUAGAUGAAUAUAGGAUUGAGCUAAACACAAAUAUAACUUUGGAUCAACGCCGAUACAAUGCACCGACAGCUUCGGAAGUGGCUGCAAUAUGGGUUGAAGGGAAUGACCCGAUGAACUCCUUCGAUAGGAGUGUUGUCGUGCAUGGAAAAGGAGGUGAUCCCCUGAAUAUUAGAGCAUACUAUGGCUGCUAUGAUCCCUUGGCAUAUCCAUUAUUUUUUCCGGGUGGGGAGACUGGAUGGAAUCGUAAGAUGCCAUAUGCUGAGCUACCUCAAGUUUUAGCGGGCAAUUCUGAUUUACAGGCAGCUCCAGAUGCGCAGUCCACUAGAUUUGUUAGCGCCAGGGAGUACUACUGCUUCAAGUUACAGAUACGGAAGGGUCUCUUUAACAUCAUCUUGUUCGGCGGCCGCCUCUUCCAACAGUGGGCUGUUGAUAUGUACAUCAACAUAGAAACUAUGAGGCUUGAUUCGUACUCAAAGCCAAGCAAUCAAAAGACUAUACGAGCUCAGGGUCUAGUUGACACCAUUGAUGCUGGCGAGGCACGUGGUGAUCAGAUUGGCAAGAGAAUCCUCCAGCUUCAUCUGCCCAACAUGCAUUCUGUUGCUUGGAAAGCGUGUGAUAAUCUAGAAGAUGUUGUUGCUAAACCAUCAUCUUCUAAAUCCAUGCUUACCGAGUACUUUGAUAUGAACCAUAAAUAUGCAGAGGCACGGAAAUGGUUGUAUAGAGAGUUUCCAGAACACUAUAGGUGGAUUGUCGGAGAUAAGAAGUGGCAGAAGAGAAAAAAUAAGAGAUCACAGAUCGGACGAUUGGUGUAUGCACACCCGGCUGAAGGAGAGAGGUACUACUUGAGGGUGCUACUAAGUCAUGUCCGAGGUGCCACUUCCUUUGAUGACUUAAAAACUGUGAAUGGACGGCUAUGUGGUUCCUACAGAGAGGCAUGUGAGCAAUUAGGCCUCAUUGAGCACGACAAAUCCAUUGAUGACUGCAUGACGCAGGCAGCCACAUUUCAGAUGCCUUAUGCUCUUAGGCGGUUGUUCGCAACUAUACUUGUAUUCUGCGAGGCAACAUAA